AUGUCGGUUGUGCAUAACAAAGAAUCGGUUGUUAUUAGGGACGUAUGGAAUUAUAAUCUUGAAAAAGAAUUCAAAUCGAUCCUAAAUAUUGUUGACGAUUUCCCCUACAUUGCAAUGGACACCGAGUUUCCUGGCAUUGCUUUACGUCCAGUCGGAUGUUCUAAGACUAGCUCUGAUUACAACUAUCAGACCCUUAAGACAAAUGUUGAUAUUUUGAAGUUAAUUCAAUUGGGUCUUACCUUAUCUGAUGAAAAAGGGAACUUGCCAACUUGUGGAACUGAUAAGUAUUGUGUUUGGCAAUUCAAUUUUUGUGAGUUUAACCUCAAUGAGGAUGUCUAUGCUAAUGAUUCUAUUGAGCUUUUAUCCCAAAGUGGCAUUGAUUUUGUGAAGAAUAAUGAAGUUGGUGUUGAUGCUAGGCAGUUUACUGAGCUGUUAAUGACGUCUGGGAUUGUUUUGAAUGAUAGUGUUCAUUGGGUUACAUUUCAUAGUGGGUAUGAUUUUGGGUAUCUGCUUAAGAUGCUUACUAACAAGAAAUUGCCUGAUACACAAGCAGAGUUUUUUAAGCUGAUCAAGUUAUAUUUCCCCGUGCUUUAUGAUAUUAAGCAUUUGAUGAAGUUUUGUAAUGGUCUUCAUGGUGGGUUGAACAAGCUGGCUGAGCAGUUGGGUGUGGAGAGGAUUGGUAUUUGUCACCAAGCAGGUUCUGAUAGUUUGCUUACUUGUAGUUCUUUUAUGAAAUUGAAGGAGAUUUUCUUUAGUGGCUACCCUGAGAAAUAUGCUGGUGUUUUAUAUGGUCUUGGCAUUGAGGAUGGACAGACUUAA